UACACUUGAAAGCGUGGAGGGGAGAGCAGCAGCAGCCUGCAGCACGUCGGAUCUGUCAGGCCUCUACACGCACGUAGAGACAUCACACAACAGCCCGGCUUUUUUUCUUUUGUUUUGUUUGUUUUGUUUUUAUUUUACAACCGAUUGCAAUGUCGCUGAAAAACAGCGACGCCUUGGCCGUGGAGAGACGCAUGGAUCUGGCCUCGCUCUUCUGCAUGAUCGGGCGACACGGUCCCGCCGUGGCUCUGGCUGUGAUAGUGAUGGUGUCCGUGCUGGCGGGUUUCAUCAUCUACCGGACUGUAAGGGGGAAGCGGAGGAAGGCCACCGCCGCAGCCGACGGCGCCGACAGCAAGAGCUCCGAAGCGGAGAGAGACGCAUCGGUGUUGCAACCGGGACCGGAGCCGGGCCCGGAGGAAUCACAUAGCUCAGUGGAGUCAACAGAUGUGAGUGACGUGGGCUCAUCAGAUGUGCUAAAACAGACUGAUCUCAAUAUCAGGCAGCGUCGUGCUGCUGCUGCUGCUGCUGCUGCUGCUGAGAAGAAACCUCCACUUUGUUCUCUUCCCAAGAGUGACAUCCAAGUACCACUCAACAAGCACACCACUUCAGAUGACAUAGAGGACGUGGCAGUCAUGCGAGACUCUCACAAAGUAACAGAGACGUAUGCAGAGGAGGCCACUGAAAGCCUGCAAAGUGAUACUUACACAGUGGCUGAAAUGGAGGUGGAGGAUGCUGUUGAUUGGCAACAAUAUGCAACAGAUGACCGUAUAAAGGAUGAAGAAGAGAUCCAUGAUAUCGACAGCUGCAUGAAAGAACCUGAGCCAAUAAAUGAUGAGAGCUGCCAGGAGGAGGAAGAGAAGGUGUUUAAAGCAGAAUACCAGGAAAAUGAGGAUGUGACCACAGACAAGGAUGUCUCUGACAAGAAAACCAGACAAGAGGAGGAAAACUUUCAGUAUGCUUCAAGCGGUCCAGUGUGGUCUGAACAAACCCUUCAUACGAGUGAAAACAAUGACAAUGACAAACUACGAGAUAAUAAAACCACACUGGAAACAAACACAGUGGAGUCCAACUUGGAAGAGCCUGUCAUGCAUAUUGACGAUGUACCUGUCACUUGCCCCUGUUAUGACAAAGAUGAGGAGUGUGAGGACCAAAAACACCAUCUAGAUAGUAUUGAUUACAGCAAUAAUAACCUCUCUACAGAAGAAGAAAAGAAAAAUGAGGUUGAGGAGGCAGAAGAGGAGUCUGUAGAUUAUCAGGAACAAGAAACAACCCUGCUAUCUUCACAGCAGGACCAAUGUGAUCAUGUGACAGAUGUGGUGGCACCUCCCAUUCAGGAUAGUGAAUGUGAUGAUGAUGGUGGUCUAGCCGAAGUGAUUGAAGAAGAUAUAGAUGAAGACCACACGAACAAUCUUACAGCUGUCGAAUUUGACGCUCACUCGCUACAGCUCAACAUGGAAGAACUGCAGACUGAACAAAAAGAGGAAAAUGGUCUUACAUGCAGUCAAGAGGUUGGUGUUCUUCUUGCUGGGACUGAUCAAGUGAAAGAGAAUAUACUGACUAGUGACGACAUUGCUGCCUGUGAUGAAGAACAUGACAGUUCAAAUGCGGUGCUCAGCCCUGUUCUGCCCUGUUUGAGCGAGCCUGUAAAGGUUGAUAAUCUUGAUGAGGGUCUGUCAAGUGACACCACUGAUGCAAAAGCUCAAAUCUCAAGUAUUGCAGAUUUCCCUGACUUGUCAUCAGAUUGUCAACAAGUGCAGAAAGAGGAUAAAAUAGUUGCAACUCUGGAUGAAGACACUGAUUCUGCUAAUGUUGGCCCUCAAAUGCCAUUGCAUAAGUCAAAAAAUCAGCCUGAAAGCAACGAAAGUGGCACAACCGCUGUGUUGGCUGAAGAAUGUAAUGAUCAUGUGUAUGAAUCUCAUGUUUCAUCCUGCUGCAAAGAUCAACAAAGUGUCCAAGUGAUAGAUAAUGAUGCUUUUGAUGAAGCAGAUGUCGCUGCUUGUCCUGAUACAGAUACAAAUGUUACUGCUUCUGUAACAGCUGAAGAAAGACCUUGUCCUCACCUGACAUCCAUCAGCCAAGACUGCCAAAGUGACCACAUGGGAAUUAAUGAGACUUUUGACGCGAUGGGAGUUAAUUCUGCUACUGAAGCAGCUGCUUGUGAUAAUGCUAGCAUUGCUACACCUGAAAUGUCAGAAGAAAUAUCUCACCCUGACAUGCCGGCUUCUUCCCAAGACCAACAAAGUGACCAAACACAAAAUAACAACGAUUUUUCUGAAGUUACCACUGGUGCUGCUCCCGUCAUGACUGAAGACAUUAACCCUCCCAUGUGUCAUCUUCACUUGCCAUCUUUCCAGCAAAGUGUGCUGAGGGAUACUGACAUAUCAUCUCCUGGUGUUGGUGAAGAGAGUGGGAUUUCAAGCAUGACUGUCAGCCCUGAUUUGCAAGAUGCUGGUAAUGAAUUUGGCAUGACGGUUGAAAAUAUGGCGCUUCCGGUGAUGGAUUGUGAUCCACAGUCGGGGGAACAGACGGAGGCUCAAAACAACGUCUUUACUGAUGAUGUAGCUAUAUCUGUCAUCAAGACAGAUACAGCAGGUAUGGUCUUCGGGCCUUACCCAUCACAUCUUUCUCAGCAACCCCAAAGUGAGCACACAGAUAGGGUCAAUUAUGGGUCAAUUGCAGCCAACGAGGACAUGUUUGGCCAAGAAAUUGAGGAUAGCUACCAAAGAGUGAUGGACCAGUUUGUUGCACAGAGUGCGGCCAAUGUUACUAGCUUAACCGAUGAGCUGAAAACACAGUCGGACAUGAAAGCUGUUGUUGAGGUUGUAGAGGUAAAGGAUAAGAAGGAAGCAGUAAGCGCUGAAAAGAAAAAGGCAACAGAAGCAGAGAAGGAGAAAGAUGAGGACUAUGAAAAGACGGAAAUCAGUAUUAUGGAGGCAACUAUGGACAAUAAUGAGUGGAUCACGGAAAGUAACUACCAAGUCCUUCCCUGGAUGAACCUUUCUGUCCCAUCUUUGGCCCAAGACCCCACAAAAACCGACCAGCUUCCCACUGAAGAAGGCCAGCACAGCUCUUCUCUCACAGAUGCUACUUGUAUAGAUACAAAUACCCCACCUUCCACUGACGUCAAACAAACCAGCACUCUCUCUCUUGUUGAUGAAAACACAGAAAAUAGCAAAAAGGUUGUGGCUGUCCAGCCCAUGCCUCAGCACGUCAAUGUGCUCUUCCGCGUCCACUAUCUUACCCAAUCACCAUACCAGACGGUGGCCAUAACGGGGAACCAGGAGGAGCUGGGGAACUGGAAGGCAUUCAUCCCUCUAGAGAGGGCCAAGGAUGGGCACUGGGCCACUGUGGUCAGCCUCCCCGCAGAGCGCCAUGUGGAGUGGAAGUUUGUGGUGGUGGACAAAGGUGAGUUGUGUCGCUGGGAGGAAUGUGGAAACCGCCUCCUCGAUACGGGCUACGGAGAUGACCUGCUUGUGCACAAAUGGUGGGGAUUCCUGUGAGAGGGGAUGAAAGGAAUAUGCUGCAGAGGUGAGAGGAAGAUUGAGAGCGGCAUGUACAGCACAGUGAACUUUGGUAUUGGAAAUUGGACCAGAUGAAGUCGUGUUUAUUUGUACAGCCUGUCACAAGACACACAUGAUGAAACAGUAGAUUAAAAUGACACCUAAAAACUAAUUUAUACUGGAUCAUACCAUAAAUACAUUCUAGUAAGCAUUGCUUUGGUAAUUUGACGGUCAAAAGACAUCCAAACAACUACGUUUAAAUUGGUUUACUUUUCUGAUGUCUCAGUUACAUAUAAAUAACUUUUGUUUCAACAGCUAUGAACUGAGUACAUUUUAGUGCUGGAUUGAUUAUUAUUACAACAGGAAAUUAACAACAAUUUUGAUAAUUGAUUAAUUGUUCAAGUCAUUUUUAAGCAAAAUGACCAAAAAGUUUACAUUUCCAACCUCUUGUGUGAGGAUUUUUGCAUUUCCCUGUUUUAUAUCAUUGUAAGUGAAUUACCCAAGAAUUCUAGAGAGCUGUAGUGUUCUGGUUGAAACAAGAUAUCAAAAAUCAUAGGCUCUCACAACUUGUGAUUUGGCAUUUUCACUACUUUCUGACAUUUUUUGACUCAACAGUCGAAAAACAGUAGACACAUAAAUCGGUUGUUGCUGCAGCCCUUCUAUGUUUCAACAUGUAGUAGAGUCAGUUGAAACAACAGCCAUACGCAUUAUAUAAACACUUUUUAAAAUGUUUUUAACCAAAUCAAGCCCAGUUUUAAACUUAAGAAAUAUCUGUCUAUAUGUCUUUUGGUCUGCAAAUUUCCAGCACCAUGAUUACUGUCAUCUAAUGGGACUUUUCUUAGAGGAUUGCCCUCUAAUAGCCAGUGAUUAACUCAAUCACUCAAUCAAACAGACGCGUUACUGUACAUAAAACAUCCUCAUGUUUUUCUCUAUGAUUAUGCAAUAUGCACUUCUUUAAAAGUGGGUGAUUUAAUGCAAGUGUUCAAUUUGUAUAAAUGGAGACUUUAUUAUACUGUCCAUAUGCUGCUUGAAUACUCCCUAACAAUCUAUGAGAAUAAAUGCACAUAGUUCACUUUUACUACAGCAAUAAUCAAAGCAAUAAUUGUUCAGUAAACUGUAUGAAUGGUGUUCUAUCAGGUAUUCUAAUGUGGUUACCACUAAACUGUGAUAUAGUUGUAACUUGCUGCUUUUAUCCUGUGGGACUCUGUGCAUGCAAGAUUGUCCCAUUGUUGUUCUAUGACUGUGCCUUUUAAAAAUGAUGUUCUAUUAAUGUGUAAUAAUGCAUCCAAACAGUUUGGCUUUUCCUUUUAAAAUGGUGUUACUGGUCAUCAUUUUCUGUGUUUCACUACAACUUUUAUUGAAUUACUUACAGUGAUUUAUUUUUUUUUUUCAAAAUGAAUGCUGUCAGUUUAGUUUUUUGGUCAUUUCAGUUCUUAAUCAGUGUAUAAUCUCAGAUCUCACCAGAGUAUCUUAUUAUGCAAUAUGAUGAUGAUGAUAAUGAUACUCUUGAAUGUAAAUGUCAAAUAAACUAAUCUUCAAAGUC